AUGAAUUCUCAAUUUUAUCAAAAAAUAUUUUUGCUUAGUUUUUCUUUAACAAAUGCAAGUUCAAUUAAUGAAACUGAUGUGCAAAACGAUUAUGAGUUAAAUACAUACGAAAGAAUUUACCACAAAAAAUUAGAAUUUAUUUUAGCUGAUAUGCAAACUAGAUUGAAAAAAUCAAAUGAUACUGUUAAAGGGCCUUAUGAAAUAUCUUUCUUGGGCCUUGUGAGAGAUCGUAAAUUACUUUAUAUGUGCCUUCGGUUUUUAUUUUCUCCGUUUUGUUUUUAUAUCAUUGUAUUAUUAUUUUCUAAAUUUUUACAAAGUGAAUAG